AUGAGACUUUUGCUGAGGCUUGGGAGAGGUUCAAAGGGCUACACAAGUCAGUGCCCCAUCAUGGAUUCAACAAUGAGUCAUUGCUCUCUACUCUUUAUAGAGGUUGCUUGGCAAGCUUGUGGAAACAUUGCAAACUCCAAUGGAAGCUAUGGAGAAGAGUAUGAUCGCACCAACCGGAGCUCGACCCACCACUCGAUCGAGUCAGAUGAGAAAUUGAGAAAAGAUGUCAAAUCAUUGAAUGAGAAGUUGGAUAAGCUUAUCUUAGCUCAGUCCACAAUGAAGAAAGUCAAUUUUGUGUCUGCUGAAGAGAUGGAACCAGUCCAAGAAGGGGAGGAUACACAAUUUGCUGAAGUGUGCUACAUGAGCAAUGGGCAAGGAGGUUACAACAAAGGAUACUAUAAUUACAAGUCCAACCCAGCCAUGUCAUACCGAAACACUGAUGUUGCUAACCCUCAGGACCAGGUCUAUCCUCAACAACAGCAAGCUCGAUCGAGUCAAGCCCCACAACAUGGGUAUGGUCCUAAAAACAACUACCAAGGCCCUCAAGGGACUUUUCCUGGUCAGCAAAUGCACAUACCACCUGGCUUUCCCCACCAACCACUGCUGGUUUACACUCCGAUUCAGCCUCUGACUUCUUCUUGGAAGUUGUGGAUAAUUGAGUUAGCUUUCGUCUGGAGGUGGUUUCAUGUCAUUCGGACCAGCGGUUCAGAAGAUACGACGAUUUUGGUUGGACUCGACCCACCAGCUCGACCGGCCAGUUUCCAACUCGAUCGAGCUGCUUUUCCAGGAGUCAAAGUCAAACCCGAAAAAUGUUGCUUCCCUUUGACUCCCCUUUGA